AGCGCAUCAUGGCGAUCGAGGGUGGAGAACGAACCUGUGGAGUACAUGAACUUAUCUGUAUUAGAAAAGUAUCUCCAGAAGCAGUUGGAUUCCUGUCAGCAGUUGGAGUGUUUAUUAUUCUGAUGCUACUCCUUUUUUUAUAUAUUAAUAAGAAGUUGUGUUUUGAAAAUGCUGGAGAAUUUCCUGAUCUUGAUUCAGAGUACAAUGUGAAGAAGAACUCACAAGAUAAACUUUAUAACUCAUACAUGGAUAAAGAUCAACAUGGCUCAUCAUCUGAAAGUGAAGAUGAAGCACUUGGUAAAUACCAUGAGGCCUUAUCCAGAGCACACAAUUUCAGAUCACCAGCAGCAGAGAGGCAAAAAAACUACAUUUGGGAAACAAGGCAAAAAUAUAGUCCUCUCUCUGCAGAGUAUGAUGGCUACAGUAGUGAAGCCUCAAUAGAUGAAGCAAACUGCAUUCAAAGAAUGAGAAGAACACCUCCACUGGAUGAAUUGCAGCCACCACCAUAUCAGGAUGACAGUGGCUCUCCACAUCUCUCUUGCACACCUUCAGAAAUUGGUGACAGUAAAUGUGAAUUUUCUCACUGCAGUAACAGCCCACGCUGUUCGUAUACCAAGUGCCCAAGUGAAGGAAGCACCGGGCAUGAAAUAGAAAGUUUUCACAAUAAAGGCUAUGAAGAGGAUGUGCCCAGUGAUAGCACUGCUGUCCUUAGUCCAGAAGAUAUCUCAGCUCGAGGAUCGUCUUCACAGCUUCCUAAACCUUUUGAUCCUGAGCCAGAAGCUAAAUUUGGCACACUGGAUGUGACUUUUGACUAUGACUCACAAGAACAGAAGCUUCUGGUAACAGUGACAGCUGUCACAGACAUACCCACAUAUAACAGGACAGGUGGCAACUCAUGGCAAGUACACCUUGUUCUUCUACCUAUAAAGAAACAAAGAGCAAAAACCAGCAUCCAGCGGGGUCCGUGCCCUGUCUUUACCGAGACAUUCAAGUUUAAUCAUGUCGAAUCUGAGAUGAUUGGGAACUACGCAGUUCGGUUCAGACUGUACGGUGUGCGUCGGAUGAAGAAGGAAAAGAUUGUGGGAGAAAAAAUUUUUUAUUUAACCAAGUUGAAUCUUCAAGGGAAGAUGUCAUUACCAGUUAUAUUGGAACCUUCUUAUCUGUCCGGCUGUGACUCCCAAAUGAGCAUGUCAGAAAUAUCCUAUGAAAGCACCUCCUCAUGUCAGUCCUUAGAACAUGGCUCAGUUCCAGAAAUCCUCAUUGGCCUGCUCUAUAAUGCCACAACUGGAAGACUCUCAGCUGAAGUGAUAAAAGGAAGCCACUUCAAAAAUCUGGCCGCAAACAGACCACCCAAUACAUAUGUCAAGUUAACUCUGCUGAAUUCCAUGGGCCAAGAGAUGUCCAAAUGCAAAACAUCCAUCCGGCGAGGGCAACCAAAUCCAAUAUACAAGGAAACCUUUGUCUUUCAAGUGGCCCUUUUUCAGCUCUCUGAUGUGACACUCAUCCUUUCUGUGUAUAAUAAACGCAGCAUGAAACGAAAAGAAAUGAUAGGCUGGAUUUCUUUAGGUCUCAAUAGCUCUGGGGAAGAGGAGCUCAAUCACUGGACUGAAAUGAAAGAGUCAAAAGGACAACAAGUAUGUAGAUGGCACUCAUUAUUAGAGUCCUAAUGGAGAGUAUAAGGGGUUAUAAUGGCCCCAAAGUGUUAUUUCUGGUUUCAGUUAAACCAUUCUUAACCAUCACUAGGAGAGCUAUUUGCAGAAGGAAUCGAUUUAAAACAUUCCACCUUAUUAAAGGAUGCAUUAAAUGUUAAGGAACAAUCUCAUCCGUCAUCCACUUCAUUUGAAUCUGUAUCAUUGUGGGAAAUAGUGUCAUGGGAUUGGGAGAAGUUUCUGUAAACAGUAAAGCUCCAGGGGCAAAAUGAUGGCAUUUUCUUUAAAAGUCAAAAUUAUCAGUUUCUUAAUUUGCUUUUGCGACCAUAAAGUUAUUGUCACUACUCUAGAGGUUAUUUCCCAACCAGUGUCAAUAUCCAGUGUUAGUGACCUAGCCUUUAGGGUGAGAAAUUUUGAUGAAGCAGACAUGUAGAGUGACUUUAAUGGAAAAAAGCUGAAUUAUAAAUUAUUGCAAAUUAUUUUCCUGGGUGCCCCAGUACCUCAUGCUUCUGUUUUUGUUAAACAUCUCAGUAGCAUGAAGUCCAAGUUGAAGCAGGUUCACAUUGAUGUGAAGAAAAUUCUUCGUAAAGCACGUGAAGAGCUCAGUCAGUCUCACAUUGAGACCAAAUGCUUUUUUUUUUUACCCCAAGGAAGCCAUGUCACUGUCCUGGUCCUCUGCAAGUCUUUUAAGGCAGAGUGUACUGAACAUUUAUGCACCUUUCUAUUGAAAGCACUUCCUUUAUUUGUGUAUUUCAAUAUAGAAGUCUUCUA